AUGAUGCACAUCACCCCCCGUUCCAAGCUCGUGAUCCGCAAUCAAGCGUUGCUCUCGGCGUUCCAGACCAAAAACCGUCGCGCCUCGACCUUGAGUACCCCUGCCGGCACGCCCUGCUCGCGCGCCCCUGAGUCCUCGCCUGACGCUCCUCGCCGAGCUUUGGCGACGACGACGACGAUUCCUACUGCCGAGUCCACCGAUAUGAUGUCGCCGAUCACUCCGAUUGACUUGGACACCGUCAUUCCCGAGCCAGCGAUCAGCGAAAAAACGACCUCCACCUCCGACGAGCUCGAACUGCCGUCGCUGCCUGAAUCUUUCCUCGUUACGCGGCACGCCAUGUCCUUUGGCAUCCCCAAAAUAGUCCCCUCCCUCGCCAAAAAAGCACUCGCCGAGGUCGUUUUCGGCCAAGGUCGGAAAGGUCUGACACCCGAUUCGCCGUGGUACCCCAAUAAUCUCGCCUUAUUGGGCGAUCGUGAAGCGAGUCGAGUCGCGUCGCAAGUCAUUCUGCUCGCGCUGCAAAUGUUGGAGAAUACUCGCAAGCCCGGACAAAAGACCUUGAAUAUGAGCCAAUUGUAAGUCAUCUUCGAGAAUAGCCUAGAACAAUAAGCAAGAUAGAAGUGCUGAGCCACCCCUUCUACUGCUUUAUUCAAGGUCAAGCGCAAUGACAACCAAUAAGAUCAUGUACGAGUGGGCUCGCGAGGUCGGCCUAGUCCAGGAGCUCGAACGCAAAGGUGGGAUGAGUGAAGGCCAGAUCAAGACCAUUUCAAUCAAGAAGCUCGCCGACCACUUUGAAACUUUCCUCGGCGCUCUUCACGUCGAUCAAGGUACCGCAGGUCCGGACUACUUCUUGGCUCCCCUUUUCGUGCGCGAGUAUAAUCGCCUGUUGGGGGUCAACCUCCUCCUCGAUGGUGCUUGUAGCGAACGAUCGCCUCGAGCUUUCAAGGCUUGGAUCCCCAAUGCGAUAUCGCUCGAGGACUACAAGCAUAUGCAAGGCGUACUCGAGGCUUCGAACCGAACGACGGGAGAGACGGAUCGAUUGAACACCAAGAGAACUGAUGAAUCAACAGCGACCGCUUCGUCGCCAACUUCGGUCCCGUCCAAGCCGUUGUUCCCUUCCAAGCCUUCGGCGACUGUCAAGACAAGCGGACCUGUGUCGAAGACACCCAAGUCCAACAAGUCCAAGAAGCCAAGCAUUCAUACGCCGCCUUCGGCGUCCUCGUUGAAGAAGAAGGCCAAAGCGAACGAACCCAAGUCCACGCUCCAGCCUCAAGUCACGCCAAAGAAGCCGACAAUGCGCAAGUUGCCCCAGAUCAAGCCCAAGAAAGUCUCGGUCGUAAUGGCCAAAGCUUCUGUUGUCGAGGCCAGGGCGAUUCCGACGACGGCAGUUCAGUCGGGCAAGAAGGGUAGAGGUGCUCGCGCCAAGGCCAAGUGA